UUUGAAGUUUAUUCAGGACUUCAGGAUAAGCUGCUGCUUAUAAUUAGCAUCAUAAUCACCACGGGGUUAACUGGUUUGUAACGUUUGUAGCACUUGGAAAGACAAAAGUUGAACCUUAACCCCACCUCGACUUUCUCAGACAGCAUAGCCGAGCCUCUUCUCCAUGAUGUGGAUGUGUAUCGCUGUUUUCCUGCUGUGGAUGAGGUCAGGAGGAUGCACAGAGAAGGCCAACACAUCAGACCUAAUUGAAUACACAGCUGCAGACUUCUAUGAGAAAUUGCGUUCUGGGAAGAUGAUGUUUAUCUAUUUCGAGCAUCAAGUCUCUCCGACCAUCUCUCUCUUCUUGGUGGAGCUAGAGAAGUCUGCUGACGCUCUGCAGGAUUAUGGGGUACUUGUUGGCAAGAUCAACUGCAAUAAAGAGCUGGUUCACACAUACUGCAGAGAAGAAAGGAUGCUGCACACAGCUUUUCUAUUCAGGGGUGGUAAGGAGUUCUUGGGUUUUGAUUUGGACACCGUGUUUGACGUCAACUCCAUAGUCUCUGAAGUCCUGUUUGCAAUUCUGCGUGAAGAGGUCAAAUACGUCCACACAGAUGCUGACCUCCUGGCCAUGGAGAAGGCAGCCAGAGGGAAGAAGGAUAUUGUGCUGGGUUACGUCCGCAGUCUGGGAACACAAGAGCACAGAUCGAUGAUGGAGACAGCAUAUGUGUACGGAUCCAAAUACCAGUUCAUCCUCAUAACUGGGGGCCCAGUUUUGAAGCACUUAGGUGUUAACGAGUUGUCUCACUCGUCUCGAGUGUGGUUCCUCCACUGUAGAGUUCACAGUGGGUUCAUGACCCCAGUGACCUCUGAGCGCUGCCCUUUGACCCGUAUGAGGAAACCCCUGUCCACCCUCAGCCUCCACUCCUUCCUGCAGCUCAUGGAGGCUCCACUAGUGUCUGAAGUUUAUGACGAUCCCUCCUCGGCCCAGACCCCCCAGUUCCCCUUCCAGCAGACCCCCCAGGUCUUCCUGUUCUCUCGUCCCGAAACUGAGCACCUGGACCGGGACGCGGCCACCGCUCUGGCCCAGAGGCUCCGUGGCCUCGCCCUGCUGGUGCUCGUACACAGGCAGAGUCCUGCAGUGAAAACCCCUGAUGAAUAUAAUGCUGCUUACAGGCUGCCAGAGAAGAGCUCAGAGGUGAAGUAUUUGACCUUACACGACCUUGAUGAGGUGUUGGAGCUCUUCACAAAUCAAGAGAAAGAGGAGGAUGGCGAAGAGGAAGAUGAGGACGAGGACGAGGGGGUGGAGGAAAACGAGGAGGACGAUUCACAUUUUGGCACGUUGGACGACGAAAUUGCGGCAUCUGUCUACAAAAACCGAGGCAACUUGCUGGACAUGGACUCAGUUACCCACCUAACGUCAGACAGCUUCCACACUGCAGUAGCUCAAAGCAGCCUGACAGUGGCGCUCUUCUACCUCAAAUGGGAUGCUGUUUCAAUGGCUUUUCUCAGCUCCUUCAUCGAAGUUGCAGAGAGACUGGCAGAUUCCGAGGUCCAGAUGAGUGCGGUCGACUGUGGAGAGUGGACCGACCUCUGUGCUGCUCUGCCAGGCAGCUCUCUCCCAAUGCCGUUCCAGCCAAUCACGGCCUUCCCCAGUGUCUUGCUGCUCCGCCCCCAGGAGUCGGCCCAGCACUACAGAGGCAUGCUGGGUACUGAGGCGCUGCAUCGCUUCAUCAUGCUGAGCCGCCCAGCUUCUCCUGUGCUACUGUCCACCCAAGAGGAUGUGACAUCUUACUUUCAGGAAGUGCCUCCCCCUGAGCUCGCAGGCUACAAGCCUGACAGAGUACUGGGACUGUUUAAGACACAAACACAAGCAGGUGUACCACUGUUUACUGAAGCAGCAAAGUCAUUGAGAGGAGAGGUGCUGACUGGACUGCUGACAGAUGGGCUGGCAGAGAAAUGGGCGGCAGAGCACAUUGUGGAGCUUCCUGCAGUGUUGGUGUUUCCGUCUUGGAGGACACACACUCAUCCCUCCACACUGCCUGUGUCCACCUCUGCUGAAGAUCUCCUCUCACACAUCCACACUGCACUGCUGCAUCCACUGCCUGAGCUGACGGUGGAAAACCUGCCGUCCUUCCUCUCCCUGGGUAAAGCCCUCCUGCUCCUCUUUGUGGGAGAGGAGGAGGACGAGAUCGGGCGGAGGCAGAACCUGGUGCUGGUGGAAGAGAUGAGAGGAGUGGUAGAGUUGGGGGGGGGGAGGAUGGAGCGAUACCUGGCCUGCUGGAUCCACCUUGGCCAUACUCCAGCUGGUAUGUCUGUCCUGGGGUCAUACCUGGGCUCUAUGCCCCCCCUCCCUGCUCUGGUCCUCACUUAUUUGCCCUCCGGAGGUGAAAUCUAUCAGUACCCCCCCGACGCCCCCAUAGUGGCCCCCUCUAUCUUACAGUGGCUGCAGAGGAUCGAGGACGGGGCUGAGUCACCAGCGGGGAUGUUGGGCGAGGAUAGCUGGCCUCCUGCUGUCGAUUUCUAUGACUUCCUGAAAAUCAUGGACAUGCACGAACCCGAUUCCGCCCAGCAGCAGACUCCUGAAGAGGAAGAGCAAGAGGAGGUGAAAGUGGAAGAUGGUGUGGUUGUAGAUUCCUCCUCGAGCUCUCCGACUCCGGUCAAUAACCCUAACACUCACUCUGAGCUGUAACAGAACAAGAUGGGAGGGAAAUGACACUAAGCCAUUGAUUAAACAUGUUUGUAUAUCGA